GAGGACUUCCGGCGUGUGCCGGGGUGGCCGGAUGACGUGGCUGAGUCAGAGGAAGAGGCUCGGAGGCCGGGGGGCGGGGGCGGCGCGGAGCGGGCGGUGACGGCGGCGGAGGCAGCGGCUGGGCCCGGGCCCCGUGCGUCUGUCCGCGCCCGGUGGAUGCGAAUCGGCGGCGGCGGCGGAGGAGUCGGUGGGCCGGCGCCCGGCCUGUGGGAGCGCGGAGGAUGAGGCCGCUGCCGGGCGCUCCUGGCGUGGCGGCGGCCGCCGCGUUGUUGCUGCUGCUGCUGCCCCGGGCUCGGUCUGACGAGCACGAACACACGUAUCAAGAUAAAGAAGAAGUUGUUUUAUGGAUGAAUACUGUUGGGCCCUACCACAAUCGCCAAGAAACAUAUAAAUACUUUUCACUUCCAUUCUGCGUGGGGUCAAAAAAAAGUAUCAGUCAUUACCAUGAAACUUUGGGAGAAGCACUUCAAGGAGUUGAAUUAGAAUUUAGUGGCCUGGAUAUUAAAUUUAAAGAUGAUGUGAUGCCAGGUACUUACUGUGAAAUUGACUUAGAUAAAGAGAAGAGAGAUGCAUUUGUGUAUGCUAUCAAGAAUCACUAUUGGUAUCAGAUGUACAUAGAUGAUUUACCAAUAUGGGGUAUUGUUGGUGAAGCAGAUGAAAAUGGGGAAGAUUACUAUCUUUGGACCUACAAAAAACUUGAAAUAGGCUUUAAUGGAAAUCGAAUUGUUGAUGUUAAUUUAACUAGUGAAGGGAAGGUCAAACUGGUUCCAAAUACUAAAAUACAGAUGUCAUAUUCGGUAAAAUGGAAAAAAUCAGAUGUAAAAUUUGAAGAUCGAUUCGAUAAAUAUCUUGAUCCAUCCUUUUUUCAACAUAGGAUUCACUGGUUUUCAAUUUUUAAUUCCUUCAUGAUGGUGAUCUUCUUAGUGGGAUUAGUUUCAAUGAUUUUAAUGAGAACUUUAAGAAAAGAUUAUGCCCGAUAUAGUAAAGAAGAAGAAAUGGAUGACAUGGACAGAGACCUAGGAGACGAGUAUGGCUGGAAGCAGGUGCAUGGAGAUGUGUUCAGACCAUCAAGUCACCCCCUGAUAUUCUCCUCCCUCAUUGGCUCUGGAUGCCAGAUAUUUGCUGUGUCUCUCAUUGUUAUCAUUGUUGCCAUGAUAGAGGAUCUAUAUACAGAGCGGGGAUCAAUGCUCAGCACAGCCAUAUUUGUCUAUGCCGCAACAUCUCCAGUGAACGGGUACUUUGGAGGAAGUCUGUAUGCGAGACAAGGAGGAAGGCGAUGGAUAAAGCAGAUGUUUAUUGGGGCAUUCCUUAUCCCAGCUAUGGUGUGUGGCACUGCGUUCUUCAUCAACUUUAUAGCCAUCUAUUACCAUGCCUCUAGAGCCAUUCCUUUUGGAACAAUGGUGGCUGUUUGUUGCAUCUGUUUCUUUGUUAUCCUCCCUCUAAAUCUCGUUGGUACAAUACUGGGUCGAAAUCUGUCAGGUCAGCCCAACUUCCCUUGUCGUGUCAAUGCCGUGCCUCGUCCCAUCCCGGAGAAAAAAUGGUUUAUGGAGCCUGCAGUUAUUGUUUGCCUGGGAGGAAUUUUACCUUUUGGAUCAAUCUUUAUUGAAAUGUACUUCAUCUUCACGUCCUUCUGGGCAUAUAAGAUCUACUAUGUCUAUGGCUUCAUGAUGCUGGUGCUGGUCAUCCUGUGCAUUGUGACCGUCUGUGUGACUAUAGUGUGCACAUACUUCCUGCUAAAUGCAGAGGAUUAUAGGUGGCAAUGGACAAGUUUUCUCUCUGCUGCGUCAACUGCAAUCUAUGUUUACAUGUAUUCCUUUUACUACUAUUUUUUCAAAACAAAGAUGUAUGGCUUAUUUCAAACAUCAUUUUACUUUGGAUAUAUGGCGGUAUUUAGCACAGCCUUGGGGAUAAUGUGUGGAGCAAUCGGUUACAUGGGAACAAGUGCCUUUGUUCGAAAAAUCUAUACUAAUGUGAAAAUUGACUAGUCAUCUGAGACAACCUGGAACUUCGGAUCAGUUUCUCUUUCAUGAGGGUGGAACUUGCACAGAAAAGAAGAAUAAUCGCAAGAAGAGAUUUGGGCUUCACACUGGGUACUUUGUGGGUCUCUUGUGGACGGCUUCAAGGAACAUCUAUUUCCAUUGAUCCUAGGUUCUUACUGACUGCUUUCUCCAACUGUUCACAGCAGAUGCUUGGAUUUUAUGCAGUAGGCAUUACUACAAUACAUGGCUAAUCUUCCCCAAACUAGCUCAUUAAAGAUGAAAUAGACCAGCUCUCUUCAGUGAAGAGGACAAAUAGUUUAUUUAAAGCAUUUGUUCCAAUAAAGUAACUAGAGGGAAACUUGGAUGCUAAAAUUCCAUAAGUAGAAAUCUUCCUGGCACUUGGUGUUUCUAUGUUACUGAAAAAUGAUGUUCCAGAAAGAUUACUUUUUCUCUUAUUUUUACUGCCAUUGUUGAUGUGUUGUGGGACAUUUUUAUAUAUUGAACCUGGGUUCUUUUUUGACCUGUUUUGGUUGUCCCUCCAUUCAACUGCAUCUUUUUUUUUUUAACAAAAUUAAAAACUAUUAAAUUCUGCAUGGAAUAUAUCUGCUGUCAUCUUAAUCUUAGUUGGAUCAACCUCAUUUAUUUAUCUUAAAAUUAACCAGCUUUCUCAAUUCCAUCCAAAGAAGAUACAGUAUGAAAAUAGAGAUGUACUCUCUAUAAUACCAUUUACUGUACAGUUAGCAAGCAAAGUGUUAAAUGGAGAAGAUGCUUGUUUUUAUUAAACAUUUGGAGAUUUAGAUAAUUUACAUUUUAACUGAAUGUCUAAAGUGAUUAUCUUCCCUUCCCUCCCCCCAUGUUAAUCUUACAUCUUUUUUUUUUUUUUUUUUUUUUUUUUUUUUUUUUUUUUUUUUUUUUGGUUUCAAUGAAGGCUUUACAUAAGAAAUUAUUAAAAAACAAGGGGGGCAAUAAAUGUAUAUAACAUUAAUAAUGUCGUGUAGGUGUAGGUUCCUGGAUGCAUUUGGAUGUACAGAUUGACUGGAGGACUGUUUUGGGAUGAUGAUUGGUGUAGAAAUGUAUGGGUUUGGGUAGCCUUUUACAUCUUGCCUACCAUUGCAUGAAACAUUGGGGUUUCUUCAAAAUGUGUGUGUCAUACUUCUUUUGGGAGGGGGUUGUUUUCUUCUUUUAUGAAACUCCAACUGGAGCUAAAUUUGUAAUUUAGAAACAUUUAAUUUUGUUAAUCCUGUCUGGGACAUUUAAGUAACAUCUAAAGCAUUAUUGCUUUAGAAUGUUCAAAUAAAAUUUCCUGACCAAAUUGUUUUGUGACAGUAGAUGUGUUUAUAAUUUGAAGAUACCUGCUUAAAAGGCCAUAUUAUAGAAUGCCAUUUUUAAAAAAUAAAAUAAAAAGCAUACUUUUCAAAUACAAAGGACACUCAUUAAAAUCCCCAAACUCGGAACCAGGUAUGAUAGUUUAUGCCUAUAAUCCCAGCACCGGGGAGGUUAAGACGUAAGGUUUUAAUGAAUUUGAGAACUGGGCUAGAGAGUGAGUUAUUGCUGACUGGGAGUUCUGUGCUACUCUGGGAGACUCUGUUUCAAGGGGAAAAAAAGUCUGAGUGCUUGGCUACAUACAGUUAUAAAGUGUAAGUGUUUCCUUUCUAUGACGUGUCGUACGAGUGUAAUAUUCAUUGGCUGCUGUACUGUGUAGAGAGCAGAAGGGGCUGCAGUGUUAGCUCAUUAGUGCUGAGAAAUGAAGGCUGCAACAGUCACAAAUGUUUUAAUUUGCAUGUAUAGUUUCAGGAUCUUCCCAGAUUCUGAGGUUCUCCUAGAACAUUUGAGUUUCAGAUUUAGUAGUUUGCUCUGCAGAUUCCCAAAACUGUACUGUGUAUUGGUGGUUUUUAGAAAGACUCAGGUCAUCUGUGUUAAACCUUAAUGUGAAACUCAUGCGUUCAGGAUAACAUGAGUUAUUUUUAUAAAUUGAUGGGCUCUGUGUCUUAAACUGAGGCAAGUGACAUCUUUAGGGUGUGGGGUUUGGAUUCCUAGCCUUAAGUGAGCUGUAAGCAGUGUGAGUAGAGCUGUGGUCAGUCAUCUUUAACCCAGCAUCUUGGGUUCAAUGUCACCUACUAAUUGUUCUCUUUCUCGCCUGCCCUUAUGAUCUUAAACUAAAGGGCACUGUUUAGUUCAUGUAACUUUUAAACAUGUAAAGUACUUUUACUAUAAGAACACUUGGUCUACAUGCUGUGGGUGUAGCUGUGUGCUUAUCUAGCUUACACAAAGCCCAGGUUCAGGCCUCCACACUGUAAACUAGGUGUGAUAGAGCAUAUUUGAAAUCCUAGCAUUCAACAGGCAGAGGCAGGAAGGUCGGAAGUGCAGUUACCCUCGGCUAUGUAGUGUCAGGACGAUCCUGCGCUACAUAACAUUCUAUCUCUAAAACUGAAGUAACACUUUUUCUGUCUAAGUAUGUGUAGAUUGGAUAGCAAACUUUUGUCUUAAUAAAAUGUUUUUCAUGAUCAUGCAGGUUAGGUGUAGGGUUUCCAGAGAACCUGGUGGUUUCAGGUGCACCUAUUUGUUUUGCACAAAUAGGUUUAGGUUGAGCUCUGGAGUUCUUUGAAGUCUGCAAUGAAAAAUAAUUUUUAAAUGUAUUAAGACCAUUAAAAUGGAUAUAAAUUAUCUUGAAAGAUUCUUUGUAAAAUGACUUUUAUUGGUUGGUUUAUAAUUUCAUACAGGAGUGACAUAAAUGUGUGUCUUGAAGAAGAUGUAGUCUAAGUGGCUUAGCUCUCUCUAGUUCUCAGUAGAAUAGUUCAAACAAUAUUACUUAUGUUAAUUAUAAGGGGCUUUUGUACUCCAUUAGUGCUGUAUUUAGUUUAUUAAUAUCUGCUCAGUUUGUCAGCUGAUAGUUUGAAUACUAUCAAAUACUAAAAACAUACUUUAAGCAUGCUUCCUGAAAAUUAACUACAUUAGAAACUGACAUCCUAUACUGGUCUCCCAAGUACAAAAGUAGGAAAAACAGUAAGGAGCCGGCUCGAGAUGCUACAGUGAGCUAGUGUAUUGUGUAGUCUCCUGUACCACAGGGGUUUGUGGAGAAGCCCCAUGCCCUUAGAAUCACUGUAUUCGCUAUCUGUACCUCACGGCUGAUAUGCUUGUGUGUUUCUACUGACGAUGGGUGGCCCUCUUUCUAAAGGUAGUUGCAGCAUAUUCCAGUUCUUCCAAAAGUCACUUGAUUUAAGGGUUUAUCCAAAAGUUGUGCUCAUUUUGAUAUAGCAUUUGUUUCCUAAAUGUUUACUAAUCACUUUAUGCCAAAUGUCUUGCAGAUGUUAUUUUUGAACUUACUGAAUUUUUACAAAUAUAAAAAGGAAAAAAAAAUAUUAGUGUAAUUUGUUUAGGAAUAGCUACAUACCGAAGGGCUUCUAUACAUGAAUUCUAGGGGCAAAAGCCUUUUGUAGAAACCUGCACACUGCAUUUUCCAUCUGGGUUUUAAGUUCAGAUGUGAACAUUUUUUUAGUGCUUCAUUCUCUUUCACUUACUGAACAUGUGAUAGGACUAGUGAUGUGCAGAAGCACAGACAUUCAUGUUUUCUAUCAUGUAAAGCUCUGUGCUUAAGCUGUAUAUUAGCAGUAAAGGUGUUAAAGAGAUCAGAGGAUGGUUUGAAAGUGUAUUGAGGACUAGACUAGAUUUGCAUAAAGGGUAGAACAGAAGAGCGGCAUACACCUGCAGAUGUUCUGCAUGCCUGAUGGUCCAGAUGAGCAUGCCUGAAGGUUUCCUCAUUUAACUAAGUUCCUACUGGAGCCGUGUGUGCAGUGUGCAAAGGUAAAAAGUUAUUUCACAGUUGCCAUUAAAAGAGGCUGAUGGUGAAGUUCUGGUGAACUAGGCGAGGUACAGUUUAUGAUUAUCCCCCUCAUCCGCUUAGGUCAUUUGAACAUGUAUAAGUGCUAUAAGUAGGAGCUAAAUGUCAGGAGAAAAAAGGUUCUCUGAAGAAGAGAGUUUUCCUGUUAAAACAGUCUCAUUUGAGCUUCUCAUCUGUGCUCACCUUGAACGUACAAACCUCCGUGGACAGUCAGCAGGUGGGAAGAUGUGGCGUUUGCCCAUAUCACUUCCAUUUUGUAUACCCUCUGAGUUUGUGUAGGCUGUAUUCCAGUUGGCUUUUUAGUAAUAGAAAUCCCUCAUAUGAUGUAUCAGAUACAAUUGAGGUUCUAAUCUAGUCUGUUAAUUUAUCUAAAGUUGGAUUUUUUUAAAAGAAAAAUAAGUAAUAAAAAAUGAAAUGUA